ACAGUGUAUCAGUGUGAAAAAGCUGACGCGUCCACUCAUUGUUCUGAAUGACAAAGACACGGGUCAUCUGGGGGUUAUAAAGGCAGCCUGGAGCCCACAGUGUGGGACUAAAGUUAGCCGACAGGAUGGGUAAGAUCAUUUUCUACGAGGACAGAAACUUUCAGGGGCGCUCCUACGAGUGCAGCAACGAGUGCUCCGACCUGCACUCCCACUUCAACCGUUGCAACUCCAUCCGGGUGGACAAUGGUGCCUGGAUGGUCUACGAGAGGCCCAACUACACGGGGUACCAGUACUUCCUCAGGAAGGGUGACUAUCCAGACUACCAGCGCUGGAUGGGAUUCAACGACUGUGUCCGGUCCUGCCGUGUCAUCCCAAUGCACCAAGGCUCUCACAAAAUGAUGAUCUACGAGCGCAACGAGUUCGGAGGCCAGAAGAUGGAGCUGACCGACGACUGCCCCUCGCUGUACGAACGCUUCCACUUCAACGAAGUCAACUCCUGCAAUGUGAUGGACGGCCACUGGAUUUUCUACGAGCAUCCUCACUACAGGGGGCGCCAGUAUCUGAUGCGCCCUGGUGAAUACAGGAGGUUUCAUGAGUGGGGUGGGGUGAGUCCCAGAGUGGGAUCGAUCAAGCGCAUCACCAUGUGAGAGAUCCGGUGUGCAGGUGGCCCUUAUGUGAAUUAUUAUAAAUAAAGUCAUCAAGUCUAAAGGAA